AGAAGGUCAAGAAAUCGCCCCACGGGCCGUCGGCGGAGUAGGACAGUGAGGCACUUUUUAUAUCUCACCUCCUCCCCCGUCACGUGACCAACGCGGGGCGGGAAGAGGAAACUCGAGGCCCCGGCGACGCCCAGAACAGGAGCCCAUGAUGCUGCCCAAACCUGGGAUCUUUUACCUCCCCUGGGAGGUCAGUGCAGGCCAAGUUCCUGAUGGCAGCACACUGAGGACAUUUGGCAGGUUGUGCCUCUAUGACAUGAUCCAGUCUAGAGUGACGCUGACAGCUCAGCACGGAUCCAAUCAGCACCAGGUUCUUGUCUGUACCGAGUUGGUGGAGCCCUUCCAUGCCCAGAUGGGCUCUCUGUACAUCGUCCUUGGGGAGCUCCAGCACCAGCAGGAUGGAGGCUCCGUGGUGAAGGCGCGGGUGCUGACCUGUGUGGAGGGGAUGAACCUGCCCUUGCUGGAACAAGCCAUCCGGGAGCAGAGGCUGUACCAGCAGGAGCGGGGCAGCGGCCAGUAGAAACAGCAGCCCAGCAACACCCCCACUUGCUUCGGGGGUCAAACCCUCUGGAGCUGCAGGAACCCCGGAGAGCACAGACACCCCCCAGCGACGGCCUUGUCUGCAGCCUGAAAACAGAGGGGGCGGGUGGUGAAUCCAGCCCCUUCCGCUACUUUGGGAUUGGCUCAGCAAUGAGAGCCCUGAAAGCAGGCCCCAAAUCCAACAGCUCCACCCUGGGAGACUGCAGGUGGCCAGGCUUGGGUGCCGGGGCUGUGCCUGGUGUGGGGCCGUGGAGGGUUCCAGAAGGUCCUGGUGAAUAAAGGCCCAGGGGGCGUGCCCU